GUCUUUUUUUGGAAUAUUUCAGUACUUAUGACUGACAGUAUAUCUCAGUUGUUUUCCAUCACUACUUUUUAUGUCCGCAGGUCGUCGAGUUUUUUCUUCCCUGAACAUCACGUUCCUUGGUACUGCCUCUGCCCAGCCGUCAUCAACGCGAAACCAUUCGUCUCUGGCGCUACGAUUAGGCGGCGAUGUCUGGUUAUUUGAUUGCGGCGAAGCAACUCAACAUCAGAUACAGAAGAGCACAGUGAGGAUGGGGAAAAUCGAAAAGAUCUUUAUCACUCAUACACAUGGUGACCAUAUCUUUGGCCUUCUACCUCUACUGGCAAGCCGUCUCAACGGUGCAGGUGGUGUAGCAGAAGGUGUAGAUGAUCCCAGAGCACAACUCUCCGAUUUUAGCAAUCCUUUCGAAAUUUAUGGCCCUUUGGGAACUCGUGCCUAUGUUCGUAACGGACUCACGUACAGUCACACCUUGCUUGGAUCUCCAUAUGUAGUCCACGAGUUGCGUUUCCCUUCUGAUCCCCCUGACGGAGAUUUCACUUCACUACCCCUACAUGCCUCAGAAUCUCCUCAUGGCCGCAAUAUCUCACAAAGUGAUGGCGUAUGGCCGAGCGUAUACGAGGAUGAUGCCGUUUCAGUCUCUGCAGCUCCUAUCUUGCACUCUGUACCUUGUGUUGGCUACGUCGUUACUGAAUCCCCUGUCCCUGGAAAAAUGGAUCCCAAGAAGUACAUCCCUGCAAUCAAACGAACGAAGACGCCCAUGUCGGUAAUGAGUCGUUUGCAGCAGGGAGAAAGCGUGGAGCUUGCUGAUGGCACGGUCCUUCGAGGCCCACCUCGCAAACCUGGCCGAAAGCUUGUCAUCUUAGGCGACACUUAUGAUCCAUCGCCCAUCGCAGGCUUGGCGUACAGGCCAGACCUGUUGGUGCAUGAGGCAACAAAUUCUCAUUUACCUGAGCUUGAUGUCAACACUAAGGCAGAAGAUACCUUUGAGAUAGUCGAAGCGCGAGCGAAAUCCAGGGGCCAUUCGACACCACAGAAGGCUGGAGCAUUUGCUGCACGCAUAGGAGCCAAAAAAUUGGUGCUCAAUCAUUUUUCUUCAAGGUAUGCGGGAAACGACGACGUUAAUGCAGAGGCAAAGACCAUUAUGACAGCCAUCGCGGGACUAGCUGGGAAAGAAUAUCAAGGAGAAAUCGUGUGUGCUCGUGAUUUUAUGAGCUUUGAUGUUGAAUCUGUUCCCGAUGUAUCCCCUAAUAAUACAUAACAGCUAGAACUGCAAAAACACAUUUUUAAAUAUCGCAAGUAGCAUCUAGUCCUCUGGAGGAUCGGAUAAUGCACUACUAGAAUCGCUUGCUUCACCCUCCUCCAGUUCUUCUCUGAAUUUCUUUUUCCCUUUACCGGAUUUGUGAUCUUCUGCUACCUCCCCCAUUUCGAUAUCGUCUUCAUCGUCUUUUCUAUUUUGACCUGCGGAUGACCGAAGCCGACGUUGUGAGUCCGAUGUAGUGGAUGAACUGUGUGACCGCCCAAACAUUGCCUUUGCGUUUAAUACAGCAGACAGGGGAACGUCAACAGAGUCUUUAUCCUCCCCGUCUUCCUUUUCGUCUACCUCGCCUACUUCUCCACCGUCAUU